UUCCCAUAACCCCCUCUGGUUACACUGUUUGGACUUCUUGCUAGCGACCGAUUCAAGAAAGGCUGUAACUAAUACCGUCUCAACAUCAGUCGUUUAUGUAGCGGCACGAUGGGGGUAUCAGACUUAGAAUUUGAUACAAAUGGACCUGUGGUGGAUCUUUCUGCAAGAGGCAUGCAGAAGCUCGACUCCAGUUUUGUCUGCUCUGAGGAAACUCACACUCUCAUCCUGGACCAGAACCAAAUCAUGAAACUGGACCACCUGGAAAGGAACCCAGGCCUCCAGCAGCUGUCUGUAGCCAGCAACCGACUGGUCAGGAUGAUGGGUGUGUCGCAGCUUAAAGAGUUGCAAGUCCUCAAUCUUCCCAAUAACAGCAUUGGCUACAUUGAGGGACUGCGGGAUCUGCCGAGCCUCAAAUGGCUCAACCUGUCUGGAAAUGCAAUUAAGGUCAUUGAGCAGCUCAACAAUUGUGUUUCACUCCAACACCUGGAUUUGUCGGACAAUAGCAUAUCUAGUAUUGGGGAUCUCAGUAAACUUGUGGUGCUAAAGACACUACUCCUGCAUGGAAACAGCAUCACAACACUCCGCACCGUGCCUGCCAACCUCCCAGCUCAUAUGUCGAUCUUGUCUUUGGCCUCCAACGAGAUAACAGAUCUCAACGAAGUGGCAUACCUGGCGCCUCUCCAGGAACUGGAGCAGUUAUCCAUUAUGAACAACCCCUGUGUGAUGCCGACUCCUUCGCUGCCGCGUUACGACUAUCGGCCGUAUGUGACGAGUUGGUGCCUGAGCCUGAAAGUCUUGGAUGGCUUUGUAGUGUCUCAAAAAGAAGGACUGAAAGCAGAGUGGCUGUACAGUCAGGGCAAAGGUCGUUCCUAUCGACCCGGCCAGCAUGUGCAGCUGGUUGAGUACCUUUCCACCGUUUGCCUCCGGACCUCGUCGUCGCCCCUGGUGACGGGGGAAGAUGCCAAACUGGAGAAAAUCCUGAAUAAGCAGAGGUUCCACCAAAUGCAGUUGCUGGAGGAGACCCGGGGAGAAUGUCCCAGCCCUCCUCGGCCCACUCAGCUGGCUGUAGAGAAGACCCGUCCUUUGCAUACAUCGCCACAGCGGGGAGCUAUAGACAGGAGGAACAUGAGCACUCCAUCACCAGCUGCUGUUCAAUUAGACCAGGAGAAAGCACCAGAGGUGUCGUUCAACACCUGGGUGAGCUGCAACUCCUCCAGUGCAUCACUGCCACACAUUUGCAGCCCCAUCAAGCUCGGAGAGGAGAGCCUCCUUUGUGUGGAGGACAUGCAGACGGAGGAGGACAAACUGAACAGCAGCAUUCUCUCCUCGGAGUCAUCCUUCACGCCCGACCCGGAAACCCAACCGCCUCGCUCGGACAGCGAGGACGAGACGGAGACGUUUGAAGCAGACUCCUUGGCGCCCAAGCGUCCCCCAACAGCAGCACCGCCACAGCGGCCGGACAGGGAGACGCUGGAAGAGGAGUCUGCAACCAUCAGCUCGCCGGCGCCACACCGGGAAGGUGAAUAUCUCAAAUUCACGACAAAACAAUCAACUUGUGAAGAGGCAAAUAGAGCGGCGGUUAAAAUCCAGUCGUGGUGGAGGGGGCAGUUCACGCGCUGUUGUCACACCGUGGCCAGAGAGGUCCGUGCUGAGAUUCGCCUACGCAGGAUGCAAGACCACAUCGUCUUCUUGACCGACAAACUGGACAGGGUGCAGAGGCAGUGCGAGGAGGAGAGGUUACAACGGCUGGUACAGGAGGAUGCUGUUAGGUUUCUAUGGAAACAGGCGCAGUCCAUGCUGCAGUGGAAGCAGUCUGUAGAGGAACAGCUGCGGGAUCUCCCUCCCAUCCCCGGUGGUCCGUGCCAGGCGGCGCCGCCGCCCCCUGCGGCUUGCAGCACCACAAACCAAGCGGCCAUGGACGUCUCCUUCCCGGACUCGGGCUUCCAGACUACGGGCGAAGAGCUGGCGGUGCAGGAGGAUGGUUUCUUGAGCAGCGGGACGGGAGAGUCGGUGAUGACAGUGCGAGCGCCCAGUCCAAGAAACGGCGGUGCGGACAGCACGGACUGCAGCCUCCUCGAGCAGUAUGCCUCCUCCCUGCAGAAAAGGGAGGAAGAGGACGAGGCACAGGAGGUGGUUAGUGAUCAUUCGGUGACAUCGCGGCCUUCCUCGCCUGGAACGUCAGCCAUGCAAACAGGAGAUGAAGUGCAAGACGAAAGGCACGGAAACUUAAGAUGAGAAAAUACCAAUAUAAAUGGUUAUAUAAUAUCUACUGAACUCUGCACUUGUAUUUAUUGUUCUGUUGUGUUCCGCUCACAUGCCUUUUUUACUGCACUCAUGAAAGGCAAAUAGAUACUUUGAAUGUAA